AUCUUAUCAGAGCUUUUAGCAUUUUUUGAGAGGCUCUGGAGCCAACUGUUUUACAAUGCUGUGGAAUAAGCUUAUAGAAGCCCUUAAAAAGUGUGAUAAAUGCUCAAACUACACGGCAUUGUGUCGAACCUUUGAUGCUGAAGUCUUACCGGAGAUCAAUCACUUAUUGAGAUCUCCCCUCCUUUGUCCUGUGAGAGAUGACAUCAUUCCUGAUGGGUGCAGUGCGCAAGUGGCAGAAGUGCGUGAGGCCCUCAGUGACCCUAACAGUGAAUUUGUUGCCGCUGAUGAUGUAUGGUUUUUCCUAUUUAAGAGUGCGGCUAGCGUCAUUGAUCGUCAACUCCGAAAGCGUAGGCGCUUGACUAUCAGCGAAAAUAUCGGUGAAACCAAAGACAGCUACGACAAAUCUUUGACUGAGAUCAUUGUGAACACUUUCGUGCUCUUUUGCAAUCGUGGGCUACCAAACCUGGAGCACAUGUCCCUUCGAUGGGCCUUUCUAAAGAAAGAGAGACAACAAUUUGAAGCCGGAGACGCCUACGUCAACUCUAAUGCAUCUGAGCGACGCAAACUUCUUAUGAAUAGUGUGUUAUCUGUUUUUUCUGAGCGUGCACACAAGCAUUUUUUUUCGGCUGUAUGGAUGCGUUGCAUUGAGUACGCUGAUGAAGCCUCGCUACACAUUCACCUCCUUCAUCGUCUUGCUCCUGUGAUACUACCAAACUUGAACAACCCACUUCUACUUGCCGACUAUUUAAGCUCUUGCUUUAGUAGUGGGGGUUUGAUAUCUGUCAUGGCGCUUCAGGGUCUUUUUGUCCUUAUGUUGGAUCACGGAUUGGAGUAUCCACAGUUCUAUGAACAGUUGUAUAGCUUGAUCACACCGGAUGCGUUUGCCUCUCGUCACCGUUAUCAAAUGUUUCAGCUUCUUUUUCUGUCUAUGACGUCUUUCCGGGUACCAUCUUACAUCGCAGCGAGUGUUGUUAAAAAGGUAUUACGCAUUUCGUUGGCAGCACCCGCACCGGUACUGUCCUUUGUGCUCCCGUUCACACGGAAGGUGCUCCAGAUUCACCCUAAUUGUUUAGCACUUAUUCAUCGAACCUCCAAAGAAGCAGUCUUACCUGAGGAAGGGGAUAAAUUAGCCAAAGAUAUUUCGAGGGGUCAGAGUGAGCAGUUGACAUCACCAGCAUCCGAAAAUUGUGUAGAAGAGAAGAAGGAUAGCCAUAAAGUGCCUACUGCGCUUUCCAGCAAGCAAGAUGCUCUACGUCAAACUGCACUACUGUUCGAGGGUAAGGAUCCUUUCGACCCAGAAGCUUCCUUACCGUCUUCCAACGCUCUCAAUUCCACUUUAUGGGAACUGACGGCCCUUGAGCGUCACUAUUUACCUGCCGUACCACUCAUGAUUUCUGCGUUUGGAAGCAGUGCAGAAGACAAAACACCACUUCGGUAUGAGAAGACAUAUGCACGUUUAUUUACAGCAGAAAUCACGCGGCCGCUUAGCAAGGACCACCUUCCUACGGUGGCAUAUCAUGAGCCUCAAAUGGAUCCGUUGGAUGAUUUAGUGACGCUGUAGCUGCUCAUCCUCUUGCUGCGGCAAUGGGCUCCAAUCAACAGUGGUAGUGUUAGUCUAAUCCUUCGAUUAAUUAAGAGAACGAAUAAAUAAAAA